AUGAAUAUGCUAAAGAAGGACGAAGACUCAGGAGAUUUGGGUGUUUUUUAUCACAUCGACAAGUCUACCGUACUUCAAGAAGCUCGCGUUUUUAAUGAAUCUCCAAUCGUUCCAAGAAAAUGCCGUCUUUUGCUCACAAAAAUCAUUUAUUUAUUAUACCUUGGUGAGCCGAUGGCAACCAAUGAAGCCACAGAACUGUUCUUUAGUGUAACCAAACUUUUUCAAUCUAAAGAUAUCGCUCUUCGACAAAUGGUUUACUUGGUAAUAAAAGAGCUAUCAACCAUUGCUGAAGAUGUUAUCAUGGUCACUAGCAGUUUGAUGAAGGAUAUGCAACCUAAAUCCGAAGUCAUCUAUCGGGCAAAUGCCAUAAGAGCUCUUUGUAAAAUCAUUGAUGCGACGAUGCUUCCAAGUGUUGAACGUUUUCUCAAAGCCGCUAUUGUUGACAAAACCCCAUCAAUAUCAUCCGCCGCGAUGGUUUCUAGUUAUCAUUUAUUUCCCGCUGGUAAAGAUGUUAUCAAACGAUGGGCAAAUGAGGUUCAUGAGGCUAUCAAUUCCAAGCCAACAUCACUUGUUGGUACCGCUUCUUCGUACUUGUCAUUCACCUCAAGUGGAUCUUCAUAUAAUACUCCAUCGACAAGCAAUAUCAGCCAAUAUCAUGCACUAGGUCUCUUGUAUAUGAUCCGACAGCAUGAUCGUAUGGCCGUAACAAAAUUGAUUCAACAAUUGGCUGGUAGUAGUAGAGGGAAUUUUGGUUCUUCUAGUGGAACUUUACGUAAUCCGUUUGCAUACUGUUUGCUAAUUAGAUACGCGGCCAAAACUUUAGAUGAAGAUCCAAAUUUGCGUCAGCAAAUGUUUGAACUUUUGGAGGGUUGGUUACGUCACAAGAGUGAUAUCGUAAAUUUCGAAGCAGCGAAAGCAAUAUGUAAUAUCAAGGAUGUAACUAGCAAAGAAUUGUACCCAGCUGUUAAUGUUUUACAGCUUUUCCUUUCCUCACCCAAGUCCACCCUUCGUUUUGCUGCGAUUCGUACGCUUAAUAAGUUGGCCAUGUCCCAUCCAACUGCCGUUCAACCUUGUAAUCUGGAUAUGGAAAAUUUGAUCACCGACCAAAAUAGGAGUACGGGCAAUGAGGCUAGCGUUGACCGUUUAAUGAAACAAAUCACAGGAUUUAUGUCUGAAAUUUCAGACGAAUUCAAAGUGAUCGUUGUUGAUGCGAUACGUUCUUUAUGCCUUAAAUUUCCAACCAAACAAGUGGUAAUGCUCAGCUUUUUGUCUGGAGUAUUGAGAGAUGAGGGUGGUUACGAGUUUAAACGGGCAGUAGUUGAGGCUAUCUUUGAUCUAGUUAAAUUCAUACCAGAAUCAAAAGAAGCUGCCUUGGCUCAUUUGUGUGAAUUCAUUGAAGAUUGUGAAUUUACCAAACUUUCUGUACGUGUUCUUCAUUUGCUUGGAGUUGAAGGACCAAAGACAGCUACUCCUACAAAAUUCAUCCGCUAUAUAUAUAAUCGUGUCAUAUUAGAAAAUUCUAUUGUGAGAGCUGCUGCUGUGAGCGCACUUGCUAAAUUUGGCGUAAGUGCGGAAGAUUCGGAAGUUAGAAAGAGUAUCAAGGUGUUGCUCACAAGAUGUUUAGACGAUAAUGACGACGAAGUUCGAGACAGGGCUACAUUAUACUUGAAGCUCAUGGAUGACGAAGAAAGUGCUGAAAAAUAUGUCAAAGAUGAUUCUACGUAUUCGCUUGCUGCUCUUGAAAGACAACUUGUACAAUAUGUCAGUAAUCAGGAUGCUUCGGAAAAACCGUUUGACCUUUCUGCUGUGCCAAAGAUCACUAAAGCGCAAGCUGAGGCCGAGAAUUUGAAAUCCAGAAGCUUUGACCUCGUAUCCACGCAAACCAUUGGAAUUUCAUCAUCCGCUGUUGCCUCAUCAAGUGCAGCCACUAUCUCUACGAGUAGGGAUGCUACUCCUACUCCAGGUAUAGACCAACAAGUUGUCUAUGCUCAUCAGCUCGAAAAGAUUUCAGAGAUUGCUGCAUUUGGUUCCUUAUUCAAGAGCAGCGUCAAGCCUGUUGAGCUUACAGAGAGCGAGACAGAAUAUGCUGUCAGUUGCGUCAAACAUUUGUUUGAUGAACAUAUUGUAUUCCAGUUUAUUGUGGUUAACACAUUGAAUGAUCAGUUAUUGGAAAAUGUUACAAUUGUCAUGCAGGCGGAAUCAGAUGACGGUUCUUUGGUGGAGGAAUUUGUAAUUCCAGCACCAAAAUUACCGUAUGAUCAACCCGGGUCAAUAUACGUUGCCUUUAAGAGAACAAAUCCCGAAGAUUAUCCUCUUUGUAGUUUUUCUAAUACUCUAAAGUUUUUAGUUAAAGAUUGUGAUCCAUCUACCGGAGAAGCCGAUGCCGAAGGCUAUGAAGAUGAAUACCUGGUUGAGGAUAUUGAAAUAGUUACUGGGGAUUACAUCCUUCCCACUUAUAUAAAUGAUUUCCAGAGUACUUGGGAUAAUAUGGGAGAAGAAGGGCAAGUAAUAGAGACAUUUGCUUUAACCGCAGCAAAAAGCUUGAAAGCUGCUUGCACCACUUUAAUUGACCUUCUUGGAAUGGGACCUGUUGAAAAUAGUGGAACACCAACUUCACCUAGCUUACACACUUUGAUGCUUUCUGGAACAUUUUUGAGCGAUAUAAAAGUAUUGGCAAAGAGUCGAAUGACAUACUCUCCUAGUUCAGGGGUUACGAUGGAAUUAUCUGUCCGAUCUUCAAGUGAAGAGAUUAGUCGUAUCGUUAUUGGAGCGGUUGUAUAG